GUCCAGUCAGUCUGUGCGUGGCUGGGCGAGUAGUCGUUGCUCCUCCGGGUCGGCAAGCGCGUCGUGCUUCGCCCUCUCUCCGUGCCGCGCCUUCCGUGUCGUACUACAUCCGACCCCGCAGAGAGCCGACCCACCCCCGCGACGACAGUCAGGCCCGCCGCAGCCGGCGCGAGUCGUGCGUUGGACCGAGAGAAGGAUUCGCGAGAGGCGCGCCAGGACUAUCGCGAGUGAUUUGUUGUUGUGGUGUUCCGUUUGUGGAGGAUUUGACGACAGUGAUCUGAAAAAAAGGAAUUCCAGAUUCUGGAGAGGUGCGCCGUGGGUCAUCUUUAAGGAUUCAGAAGUCGCUGUAAACAACCUACGGACCAUGUGGACUGUGGUGGUGGCGCUGUCGCUGGCGCUGGCGUGCGUGCUGCAGCCCGGCGCGCAGGCGGGCAGCUGCCGCGAGUCCAAGCUCUGCUGCCCGGGCCGCGACUCGUCGUGCGUCGUGCAGAAGGCGCCCAUCAACGCCAUCAUCGAGGAUCUGAGCGACAAGCCGUGCUACUGCGACCACGCCUGCCUCAAGCUCGGCGACUGCUGCAGCGACUUCAAGGACGCGUGCGGAGUGGUGGACUGCCGCAUGUCGGCGUGGGGCGCGUGGUCCGAGUGCGACGCCGAGUGCGGCGCUGGCCGGAUGACGCGCACCCGGACCGUGGAGCGGCCGCCCCUCAACGGAGGCAAGCACUGCUCCGCGCUGGUGCAGAAGCGCGCCUGCAUGGGCCAGCGCUGCCCGCGCGACCAGCGCCAGGCCGCGCUCAGAG